AUGGCGAGUAAACUAACACCCUUCCUCAUGCGGACGGCCGUUCGGUCGGCGAGCCGGGCAGCGCGGCCAAUCGCACCUGCGACUCGGGCAUUCUCGCUCUCGGCGAGGAAACAGAGCGAUACUCUCAUGGUGCAUCGCAACACUCCCGACAACAACCCCGACAUUCCGUUCAAGUUCACCAAGCAAAAUGAGGCCAUCAUCACCGAGGUCCUCAAGCGUUACCCCCCGCAGUACAAGAAGGCGGCUGUGAUGCCGCUGCUCGACCUGGGUCAGCGCCAACAUGGCUUCACCAGCAUCAGCGUCAUGAACGAGGUGGCCCGCAUCCUCGAGAUGCCGCCGAUGCGUGUUUACGAGGUGGCCUCUUUCUACACCAUGUACAACCGGACACCCGUGGGCAAGUUCCACGUCCAGGCCUGCACGACGACACCCUGCCAGCUCGGCGGGUGCGGCAGCGACGCCAUCGUCAAGGCCAUCAAGGAGCACCUCGGGAUCAAGCAGGGCGAGACGACGGCGGACGGGCUCUUCACCUUCAUCGAGGUCGAGUGCCUGGGCGCGUGCGUCAACGCGCCCAUGAUCCAGAUCAACGACGACUACUACGAGGACCUGACGCCCGAGACCAUCAAGUCGCUGCUGACGGCGCUCAAGGAGAGCGUGACGGACGUGGGCAAGGCCGCCAAGGUGCCCAAGCCGGGCCCGCUGAGCGGGCGGGACACGUGCGAGAACAGUGCUGGGCUGACGAAUCUGACGAGCGAGCCGUGGGGGGUCGAGAAGACGCGGAGCGAUUUGUAG